CCCUGCUCACCCCCUAGAUUCUAAGGCUCAGCCUUCUCCGCGCCCAUCAUCUCGGGGGUCGGGGCUGUAGGGGACCCCCUGCAGUCCCCGGAGCUGAGGCCAGCAGGGAUAGAGACUAUGAGGCGAGCAGCCCACCGACCCAGGCCUCCUUAGGAUCAGCCGGGCUGCCCAGCAAGCUAUCCAGCUAGCAAGCAACAGCGGAGAGAGGAGCGGGAGAUAAAGGACCACAGCGGACCUUUGGGGAUCACCCCCAGCAGCCUGCGGACCCUAAGCCGGCUGAGGGGUCGUGAUGGAUGGCCAGACUCACAGACGCUGACGGACACACAAUGACACCGAUGCACACAGCUGCACAACACUGAGAUGCUCGGAUACAAGCAGUGACAGCAUCACAUACUGCCACAGCCCUGCAAUACAGACACCCACACACACACAGAAACAGCUGGUAACUCCGAAACAGGCGCAGACAGUGACACGCAGAACCGCUACCCUCCAACACACACAAGUGGGGAUACCACCCUCCAAACGCGCACCAAGACAGCGCUGACCUGAACAGACAGACCGGGAGACACGCACACCCUCACCCAGGCUCUGCUGUCGGCGGCUUCUGCACAUCCUCCCAGCCCUCACGGGGACAGCCUGGCACAUACACAGCCACAAACAGACAUAGCUCACAUACCCCCGGCUCUAGCUCCGGCCACCCCGACUCCCGCAGCCUCCUUUGUGGGUGAGGAAGAACUCGGCCAACCUCAGAUGGAGCCCCGGUAAAGCCAAGAGCUCAGAGAGGAAAGGGUUUGGUCUGGCAUGACCCUUGCCAGCCCUUCCACUUGGCUGGGUGAUGUCCCCCAGCCCGAGUCCUGGGGCCCCUUGGCAGUACCAUGGAGCAACUGACACCCCUCCUACGGCUGGGGGACCCCGGAGCUAUGGAGCCAUGGGCACAGCCUGCCUGGCAGAGCUGGAUUCCAGGACAGGAGGGCGAACCUGGAGGUGCAGCCCCAAGCACUACCGAUACUCCGGCAGCUCUGCAGGUUGGAGAACUGAGGCCUUUGGAGAGCUCUGAGCCCGAGGGAGCCUGGAGCCCUGGGCCUGUGGGGGACAUUGACCCUGAAGGAACAGAAACUGGGCUGCCCAGCUUGGGGCAGCAAGCAGCGAGCUCCGGACCCAGCUGCCCAAGGCUGGAGGACGAGGAGGUGGGGGCUUUCCAUGAGGGCAAGCUGAGCGUGGGCUUCGGGGACAGGCCCAGUCUGGAGCUGCUGAGGGCCCUGAGGGAGCUGCGGCAGCACUGUGCCCUCCUCAAGGAGGAAAACCAGAGGCUGAGGAAGAGCAGCUUUCCAGAGACGGAGGAGAAGGUGCGGAGGCUGAAGCGAAAGAACGCCGAGCUGGCGGUCAUUGCCAAGCGCCUGGAGGAGAGGGCCCGGAAGCUGCAGGAGACUAACCUGAAGGUGGUGAGUGCCCCUGUGCCCCGUCCAGGGCCCAGUUUGGAGCUGUGCCGAAAGGCCCUGGCCCGCCAGCGAACCCGGGACCUCAGUGAGACAGCCAGCGCCCUGCUGGCCAAGGACAAGCAGAUUGCUGCUUUGCAGCGGGAGUGCAGGGAGCUGCAGGCCAGGCUCACCCUGGCGGGCAAGGAGGGCCCCCAGUGGCUCCACUUGAGGGACUUCGACCGACUGCUUCGCGAGUCCCAGCGGGAGGUGCUGCGGCUGCAGAGGCAGAUCGCCCUGCGCACCCAGCAGGAGCCGCCCCCGCCGCUCCGGCCCCCGGGCCCCACUGUCCGGGUCAAAGCAGGAGCGCCCACUCCCAGGGCCCCGGGAGAGGCUACUCCCCAGGAGGAUGUGGAAACCCCACCCGUGGUCCUAGGGGAGCCAGAGAAACAGCAGAGGGUGCAGCAGCUGGAGUCAGAGCUUAGCAAGAAGCGGAAGAAAUGCCAGAGCCUGGAGCAGGAAGCCCGAAAAAAGCAGAGGCGAUGUGAGGAGCUGGAAUUGCAGCUGAGAGAAGCCCAGAAUGAGAAUGCCCGCCUCGUGGAUGAGAACUCCCGGCUCAGUGGGAGAGCCACGGAGAAGGACCAGGUGGAGUGGGAGAAUGCAGAGCUGAGGGACCAGCUCCUGGGGGUGACACAGGAGAGGGACUUGGCCCUUCGCAAGAGCCAGGGCCUGCAGAGCAAGCUGGAGAGCCUGGAGCAGGUGCUGAAGCACAUGCGGGAGGUGGCCCAGCGGCGGCAGCAGCUGGAGGUGGAGCAUGAGCAGGCUCAGCUCAGCCUUCAGGAGAAGCAGGAGGAGGUCCGGAGGCUGCAGCAGGCCCAGGCAGAAGCUAAGAGGGAACAUGAAGGGGCCGUGCAGCUGCUGGAGUCUACCCUGGAUUCCAUGCAGGUCCGGGUUCGAGAGCUCGAGGAGCAGUGCCGCAGCCAAACAGAACGCUUCAGCCUCUUGGCACAGGAACUCCAGGCCUUCCGCCUGCACCCUGGCCCCUUGGAUCUGCUCACCUCAGCCCUGGGCUGCAGUACCCUUGGGGAUCGCCCACCACCCCCCUGCUGCUGCUCCAACCCCCAGCCCUGCCGGGGAUCCGGCCCCAAAGACUCUGACCUCCUGCCGGGCUCCCCAGGACGCUGCACCCCAAAGUCUUCUGAGCCUGCCCCUGCCACCCUUCUCGGGGUCCCUCGAAGGACAGCCAAGAAGGCAGAGUCUCUCUCCAACUCCUCUCACUCUGAGUCCAUCCACAACAGCCCAAAGUCAUGCCCUACGCCUGAGGUGGACACAGCUAGUGAGGUGGAGGAGCUGGAGGCAGACACUGUCUCCCUGCUCCCAGCAGCGCCAGAGGGCAGCCGGGGAGGAGCCAGGAUCCAGGUCUUCCUAGCACGCUAUAGCUACAACCCCUUCGAGGGCCCCAAUGAGAAUCCAGAGGCAGAACUUCCGCUUACUGCUGGCGAGUAUAUCUACAUCUAUGGCAACAUGGAUGAGGAUGGCUUUUUUGAAGGGGAGCUCAUGGAUGGCCGAAGGGGCCUGGUUCCUUCCAAUUUUGUAGAGCGCGUGUCUGACGACGACCUCCUGACCUCCCUCCCUUCGGAGCUGGCCGAUUUGUCCCACAGUUCAGGCCCUGAACUUAGUUUCCUGAGCGGUGGUGGAGGUGGCAGCAGUAGCGGGGGCCAGAGUGUCGGGGGACGCAGCCAGCCCAGAUCAGAGGAGGAGACUGCAGGGGAUGAGCUCAGUCUGAGCCCCUCACCCGAAGGCCUGGGCGAGCCCCAUGCUGUGCCUUACCCCCGCCAUCUGGCCGUCCUCAAGCAGCUGGCCCACAGCGUGGUGCUGGCCUGGGAGCCGCCUCCUGAGCGAGUGGAGCUGCAUGGCUACCAGAUCUGCGUGAAUGGGGAGCUGCGUCAGGCCCUGGGACCUGGGGCGCCCCCCAAGGCUGUGCUUGAAAACCUGGACCUGCGGGCCGGGGCCGGGCCGCUCCGUGUUUCCGUGCAGGCCCUGACCAGCCGGGGCAGCUCUGACCCUCUGCGCUGUUGCUUGGCCAUGGGUGCCAGGGCCGGGGUGGUACCUAGCCAGCUACGCGUCCAUCGACUGACAGCCACUUCUGCUGAGAUCACCUGGGUGCCCGGCAAUAGCAACUUGGCUCAUGCCAUCUACCUCAACGGGGAAGAAUGCCCCCCUGCCCGCCCCAGCACCUACUGGGCCACCUUCUGCAACCUGCGGCCUGGCACACUCUAUCAGGCCCGCGUGGAGGCUCAGCUCCUACCUGGAGGAUCCUGGGAACCAGGCUGGGAGAGGCCGGAGCAGCGGACUGCCACCCUGCAGUUCACGACACUCCCAGCAGGCCCACCCGAUGCCCCCCUGGAUGUGCAGAUUGAGCCGGGGCCCUCUCCUGGAAUCUUGAUCAUCAGCUGGCUCCCCGUAACCAUAGAUGCUGCUGGGACCUCCAAUGGCGUCCGCGUCACAGGCUAUGCCAUUUAUGCCGAUGGGCAGAAGAUCAUGGAGGUGGCCUCGCCCACAGCGGGCAGCGUGCUGGUGGAGUUGUCCCAGCUGCAGCUGCUGCAGGUGUGCAGUGAGGUGGCCGUGCGCACCAUGUCGCCCCAUGGCGAGUCGGCCGACUCCCUUCCAGCUCCCGUGGGCCCGGCCCUGGCUGCGGCCUGCCUGCCGGCCAGGGUCUCCUGCCCCUCACCAUGGCCAGGCUCAGAGGCCAGGCCGCCCCUUGCUCUAGCCUCUCCAGCUCCUGGAGACCCUAGCUCUCCCCUCCAAUGCCCCAAGCCCCAUGGAACUAGAGAACCCCAUGGAGUUCCCGCAGCCAGCCCUCCCGGAGAGACAAGAGGAUCCCAAGAGGAGCCCACAGCACCUUGCUCCCAGGAGGAGGCCGGGGCAGCUGUGCUGGGCACCUCAGAUGACAGGAGGGCCAGAGAGCCAGCCGUGGGGGAGAGAGCUCCUGGCCCUGCAGCUUCCUCACUGGCCCAGGACGAGGCUGAGGGGACCGCGGGAGAGGCCUGCCUGGCACCCUGCUCCACGGAGGGGGCACCGGCCCCGAAGGUGCCCUGUGCUGAGGCCAGCCUUGGAGGAGACACAGGGGCUGGGCUGAGGCCCAGGGCUGAGAAGGAGGACAUGGCAGAGCUCGGGGUGUGUCUAGUGAACUCCCUUGGGGACCAUGGCCGAAACUCAGAUCUGUCAGACAUCCAAGAGGAGGAGGAAGAAGAGGAGGAAGAGGCGCUGGGUUCCAGGGCCUGCUCUUUCCAGAAGCAGGUUGCUGGCAUCAGUGUCAGGGAGAAUGGGCCCAAGGAGGAGGAGGAGGAGGAGGAGGAGGAGCAGCAGCAGCAGCAGCAGCAGCCUGGGGCAGGCUCUUCUUCCCGGGACCGCAGCCUGCAGGAGCCUGCGUUGCUGGAGCUGGGCGGUGACAGCAGUCGUCCUCAAAGACCUGGACCAUGUCCCUUGUCUCCUGAGCCCUGCAGUGCCGGGGACCACCUGGAGGACAUGGCAGGACUAGUUGGUGGAAGCAGCUGGGGGAGAGGAAGUGGCUCUACCGAGAAGCCCCCAAACCGCAAGCGGUCCCCAGAUCCCCGUGAACACUGCAGCCGCCUUCUCAGCAACGGCGGGACCCAGGCUGCUGGACGACCCGGCCCCACACGGGAGAGGGGUGGCCCACCUGUGGGCGAGGGCGCCAGGGGUGGACCGGAGGCUGGUGGGAGAGGGCGGCCAGCCCCUUCCCAGAGGUACCCUCAUGGCCGGACGCCAGAGUCUAUCCUGACCAGCUGCCUCUCCCCCAAGUGCUUGGAAAUCAGCAUCGAAUAUGAUUCUGAGGAUGAGCAGGAGGCAGGCGGCGGGGGUGUCAGCAUCACCAGCUCCUGCCACCUCAGAGACGGGGAGGCCUGGGGCACAGCGCCCAUAGGAAGGUCCAGGGGAGCUCUGAAGGCCAAUUCAGGCCCCAGCCCCUACCCACGCCUCCCGGCCUGGGAGAGAGGGGAGCCAGAGCGGAGAGGCUGCAGUGCGACUGGCAGAGCCAAGGAGCCAGCCUCCCGGGCAACGGAGAUCGGAGAGCCCAGAGGGCAGGACAGGUCUGGGCAGAGGGGCCCCCUUCGGAGAGGGGCCCGAGCCCCCAGGCCAGACGCCACUGAGCUGGCCCCUCCGAGGAGCCGCCCAGAAGAAGUGCUGGCUCACCAGGACCUACCUGUCAGGGUCUUUGUGGCUCUGUUUGACUACGACCCUGUGUCAAUGUCACCCAACCCUGAUGCUGGGGAAGAGGAGCUCCCCUUCCGGGAAGGCCAGAUCCUGAAGGUGUUUGGGGACAAGGAUGCUGAUGGCUUCUACCGGGGCGAAGGUGGAGGCCGGAGGGGCUACAUCCCCUGCAACAUGGUGGCUGAGGUGGCUGUGGACACUCCUGCCGGGAGACAGCGGCUGUUUCAGCAGGGUUAUUGGUCCCCGCAGGUUCUCGUUGAGGGCUCAGCCCGAACGACUGGGCCUCCCCCCAAGCCCCGCCGCUCCAAGAAAGCUGAGUCAGAAGGUCCUGCGCAGCACGGUGCAGGCCCCCCCCAGCUGGUCUCCUCUGCCAGCCUGAGAGCCCCCCGCUCCAUGGUGGCUGCGUUUGACUACAACCCUCGGGAGAGCUCCCCCAACAUGGAUGUGGAGGCAGAGCUGCCCUUCCGAGCAGGGGACAUCAUUACUGUGUUCGGAGGCAUGGACGAUGAUGGCUUCUACUAUGGGGAACUAAAUGGACAGAGGGGCCUGGUUCCGUCCAAUUUCUUGGAGGGCCCUGGGCCUGAGGCGGGCAGCUCCCACAGGGAGCCUGGGACACCCCCGGCCGAGAGUCAGAGAACGAGGAAGAGAAGAGUCCAGUGCUAGAUGGAGAUAGAUAUAUGUAGAGAAAGCGACAUGACUGGGCUGGCUCAACACAAGUGCCCCCGGGGCCUCCAGGUGGGCCCUGUGCCCCUGGCCCUGGCCGCCUUCCCAGGAUUGAACUGGG